AUGACGGCCCGCCGCGACGCGACGGCGCCCCGGGACACGCCGGCGCCCGCGGCGCCGGCCCCGACCCGGUUCCCGCGCCUGAGUCGCAUCACGAACUCCAUGGGCUGCGUGCGCCUCAUCUGCGUCCUCGAGACGCUCAUCGUCGCGCUCUGCCUCCUCGAGGCCCACACGCGCUGCGGCGAGCGGUCUCUGGGCUGCUGCGUGAGCUCCAAGUGGUGCGGGCCCGACGCGCCGCGCCGCGCGACGGCCGCGCGCGCGCCGGACGCCGCGAACGCGACGAAAAUAAGGUCCGGCGCGUCCCUGCCGCGGCUGCUGGUCCUCGGCUGCGUCAAGUGCGGCGGCGCGGCGCUGUUCGAUGCGUUGAACCGCCACGCGGACUUCGUCGGGCGGAGCUCGAACUUCUUCGACGUGCGUUGGGACGACGACCGCCACGCGGCGCUCGGCGACGACGAGGCGCGGUGCCGCGCCUACGAGUCGCUCUUCUCCAAGCUGACGGCGCGGCGCGGCGCCUACGACGUCGCCGUCGACGCGACGGCGACCUACUUCCGGGACCCCAGGGCCGCGCCGCGCGUGCGCCGCUGCUUCGACGACGGCGCGCUCGCGCGGACGACGCUCCUCGCGGUGCUCCGCGACCCCGCGGCGCGCCUCUACAGCGAGUAUGCGGUGAUCCGCUCGCGACAACCCGACCGCUUCGGGAACGCCACCUUCGCGCGCGCGGUCGACGGCUGGCUCUCGGACCGCGGCGACGCCGAGGGCCGGCGGCUCCUCGCCGUGGGCCACUACGUGGACCAGCUCCUCGCCUGGCACCGGCACCUGCCCCGCGAGGCGCUGUACGUCGUGCCCGCGGCCGCGCUCGACGACGACGCGACCCACGUCCGCGAGAUCGCGCGGCGCGUGCUCACGCGCGCGCGCGUCUCCGCGCACCUCCACAACGUCUCCGCGCCGCCGCGGCGGCCGCCGGGCGAGGCCGCGGCCUACGCGGCGCGCACGGGCGACGCCAUGGACGACGCGACGCGGCGGCGGCUCGCGGCGUACUACGCGCCCCACGACGCGCGGCUCUGGGCCCACCUCGCGGACCACCGGGACCUCGUCAUCCCCCGGGCCUUCCAGGUCGCGCCGGGGGACCCGACCACGCACUGGUGCCUCAGCGUCCCGCCCGCCGCGGCGAGCGCCGCCUGGCUCGACUACACCUGGUCCGGCGGCGGCGGCCUGCCGGGCCUGCUGCUCCGCGAGCCGUCGGACGCCGCCGUGCCGCGCGAGCGGCUCAUCCUGCCGCUCGGUCUGCGCGAGACGCUCGACGAAGCCGCCGGGACGACGCUCCGCUACCGCGUGACCGGCGCGGGCCUCGCGCGCGACGUCGUCGACGGCUCGCACCGCGGCGUCGUGGCCUUCGAGGAAACGGACGACGGCUGCGAGAUGGUGUGGACGGCCGACUACGAGGUGUCCGCGCGGCGGACGUUCUGGCAAAAGGCGACGGAGGUCCUCGUCGGCGCCGCGGGCGACAACCUGCAGCGCUACGUCGCCGCGCCGAGCCGGCCGCGCUGGUUCGACCCGCUCGACGAGUUCGGCCUCGGUUCGUCCGUCGACCGGAGCAAACCGCUGCUCCUCGUGCUCCCGGGCCUCGACGGCUCCGCGGUGACCGCGUGGACGCAGUACCCGGAGCUCGCGACGGGCUACGAGGUCCGCGCGCUCGCGGUGCCGCCGAACGCGCGCGUCGACUUCGACGGGCUCGUCGCCGCGGUCGUCGCCGCCGCGGAGGGCGCGGACCGAGACGUCUACGUGCUCGGCGAGAGCAUCGGCGCGGGCGUCGCGCUCGCGGCCGGGAAACAGUCCAAGGCCGUCGACGGCCUCGUCCUGGUGUCGCCGGCGACGUCCUGGGCCGACACGCCCCUCGGCGGCGCGCGGGAGGCGCCGCUGAACGCGCCGGACCUCGUUUUGAUGGCCGUCGUCGCGAUCAGCGCGUACCAGCUCCUCGACUCCGACCAGCUCGCGACGACGGUCCGGCGCGUCGCGCGCGAGCUGCCCGCGCGGCUCGCGCUCGAGCGCGGGCGGUCGUCGCGCUCCGCGCGGCGGAUCGACAUGGGCCCGUCGCGCUUCGCCGUCGAGAAGACGAGGCGCCGCGGCUUCGACGCCGUCGUCACCGUCGCGUCGUCGUUGCUCCGGUCCUGGAGCACGCCGAGCACGGGCCGCGCGGCCGACUGGGGGACCGCGCCGAGCGCCGGCCGCGCCGCGGACCGCGGCGCGGCGGCGCGCGGCGCCGCGGGCCGGCCGCCGCGCGCGACGUGGCGCCGCUCCUCGAAGCUCACCUCGUCGCCCCGCGCGUCCGGCGCCGGCUCCGGCUCCCUCGCGGGGCAGUCCGCGAAGGCGACGCGCGGCGUCCGGCGCGCCGCCGCGGGCGGCGGCGGCGGCGGCGGCGCCGCCCCGUCGUCGAAGAUCGCGACGGCCGGCGCCGGCGCCGGCGCCGCGUCCGAGUCGUCGAAGAUCGCGAACGCGGGCGCGGCGGGCGCGGGCACGGCGGGCGCGGGCGGCGCGGACGCGGCGGGCGCGGCGGGCGCGGCCUCCUCGAAGAUGGUGAAGGCCGGCGCCGCCGCGGCCGGCGCGGCCGCCGCUUCCGGCGGCGGUUCGGCGACCGACGACGGCUCCGCGUCGGACUCCGCCGCCUUCCGCGACUCUGCCUCCGUCAGCCAGUGGCGCCGCAUGCGCCGGUCGAACUCGCGCCGCCGCUUCGCGAGCAUGUCCCGGGGCCUCGCGUUCAGCGCCGCGCCGCGCGCGAAGAGCGAUUCCGCCUCCGCGUUGGUGCUGUUCGCGGGCUGCUCGAAGAGCGACGCGCUCGUGAAGAGCGACGACGGGGAGUCCGCGCUCGUGAAGAGCGACGACGGGGAGUCAGGCACGGCGGCCAUGGUGCAGGUUCGGUCCUUUAUGCAAGACGCAUCAGAUGCGAAGCACUGGAUCUAG